AACCUCCGCAUUGGAAUUAGGGCAUCCUUGCCAGAUGGCUCAGCAGAGGCGCCGGCACAGCAGCGGUGAGCGCCAGGCUCGUAGACCAGGCUCCAAUGCUCUUGAGAAGGCUGGAGAUUCCCAGCAAAGCACUGGAUCGCGGUUCAAGCACGGCAUUUUGGCCUUGGUGCUUGUUUUCUUCUUCUUAGCGUGGUAUUUCCAUUAUUCUAGAGAUCCACUCGCUAGUUCUUUGGGAGGAGGUGAGGAUCUGUUCUACAGAGAUAUCUUGAAGGCAGCAUCGCGAGCUCCGCGUGUUGGAGCUAAGAGAAAGCUGAAUGGCACUGUUCUCGCCUAUGUCACGCCAUGGAAUUCCAAAGGAUAUGAUAUGGCAAAAAAAUUCCGGCACAAGCUCACUCAUGUUUCUCCUGUGUGGUAUCAGCUAAGAAGAGAUGACAAAGGCAUGAGUUUAGCGGGCAAGCAUGAUGUGGAUCAAGGAUGGAUUUCCGAAGUGCGAAAGCAGGGAUUUCCACUGAUUGUUCCGCGUGUGGUGCUUGAAGGCUGGUCCUUAGACAGCAUGCUUGUGAGUGCAGACGAGAAGCAAAAGGCAAUCAAGCUAAUCCUCGAAGAGUGCAAGGAGCAAGCUUACGAUGGCAUCGUGCUGGAAGCGUGGAAUUCCUGGGCUUCUUACAGAAUACUCGAGAACCAUCGUUUACGUGAAAAGGCUCUAGCAUUUAUCCGAGAACUUGGCUCGUCCUUACACAAGCUCAACGCUGCCAGCGCCACCCGUCCAUUGCAACUCGUGCUCGUUAUACCACCCGAGCGUGGAGGAGGUCCGGAAGAGUUCACGCGAGGGGACCUCCAUUCUUUGCAACACGCCGUCGAUGGCUUCUCGCUCAUGACUUACGAUUUCUCAAACGCUUAUCGUCCAGGCCCGAACGCACCGCUUCCCUGGAUACGCUCCUGCCUCAACUCUUUACUCGCAGGGAAAUCCAACGAGGUCUCUUCCAAGAUCCUGAUGGGAAUAAACUUCUAUGGAAACGACUACGUUCUUCCGCGAGGUGGUGGAGCUAUUGUUGGCGACCAAUUCUUGGAGCUUCUCAAAGAGUACACUCCCAAGCUCGUAUGGGAUUCGAUGAACCGAGAGCAUUACUUUGAUUACUCCAAGGAUCAAAACAAGCACAGGGUCUACUUCCCCACUGCCAAGAGCGUUACUUCGAGGCUAGAAGAGAGUGUUUCCGCGGGUGUUGGAGUUUCUAUAUGGGAGAUUGGCCAAGGCUUGGAGCAUUUCUUCGACCUCUUGUAAAAAUGUCUUGCGUGGUAUCAUUAAAAAUCCAAACCAUCUGAGGAAUCACGAUGCAUGUCAA